UUUGUCCUGUGUGCUUAAAAAAACUCUUUUGGUCUGUGUGCUGAGGUGGACAUAGUGUGGUUUGUCCUUGUAUUGUGAUUUUGCAAUACAGUCUCUGUGCUCUGAAAAUUAGUGCUGUCAGGUUUACUCCUCAGGGUGUAUCCAUGACCCACUGUAUGGUAGGAAAUUUUACUUAAGAGUCUCAUCAGCUGGUUAAAUCUGAUGUGAAUCGUAUGACAGAAGGCAUGAGAUAUCUUGAAUCCUAUGAAAUAUUUAAUAGUUGUAUGAUCUCAGUUCAGCCUCCAGCAGAAGCACUGCUACCUGAUUAACAAACCUUGAAAAGACUCUGAGAACACAUUCUUGUCAGGCUUGACCAAAGAAUUUUAUCAAAAUCUAAGGAUAUUUUGAAAAUAUCUGCCCAACAACUGCCAAAAUUUCAGUCAAGGAGGGCCUGUUAAUAGAAAACAUGUAAUACAAUUUUACCUGUGACUAAUAAUGCCUUCAUUAUAUAUGAAAGUCUGCUGGUGGAGGAAAAAGACUCCUGUUAAGAAAGACUUUCAUUGGUGAAAAAGGCUGGGACCUUUUUAUAAUAUGAAGCUCUUUGAGAAAAUGUGGCUGUUUCUACUGCUGCCUGUCGUGUUGAGAGUUGUGUGCUCCUCCUUUAUUAGUGUGAACCUUGGGGUGAAAGUGAUGAAGGGACAGUCUGCCUUCCUGUCACAAGAAGACCUCAAGUUUUCCAUCCCCAGAGAGAAGGAUGUCUGCAAAGUAGAAGUUGUGAUUAAUGAGCCAAUAUCACAGAGAGUUGGGAGACUUACUCCACAGGUUUUUGACUGUCACUUCCUUCCUAAUGAAGUCAAAUAUACCCACAAUGGAUGUCCGAUUUUAGAUGAAGACAUGGUCAUACUUAGGCUGUACAGGUUUACAGAAACAGAAACGUUUGUAGAAACAUUCACCCUUCAUGUGAAGUUACUUGAGCCAGACUGUAACAUCAUAAAAAUGCGUUUCCAUGCUUUGGAGGUCCCUGAGUUCUAUGGUCUGUCUAGGGUGAUUGACAAGAAUGUCCUCACCUUUGAUUAUGACAGGAAGAUAAACCUGGAUUGCACCAUUUCCAUAAUCUCUUCGGAAACUCACCUGCCUGCUCACGGCCAGCUUAUUGCCAGAAAAGCACAGCAAGAGCAGUUUCGUGGAGAUCAGCCAUGGAGCUUUUUCCCUGGCACUAAGCACAGCCUGGGUCAACAGUGCAGAAAUGGGAGCUGUACACUGGGACUAGGAGUUAUUAACAACAAAAAGAUGAACUGUGAAGAAUUUCUGAGGAUGGGCAUUCAAUAUCGACACCUUGACCCUACUUCACCUAACACUGAUUAUAUUCCUGUGAGGUUGGAUCUCUCAGACAGCAGAAGCAAAACUCUGCAUAAGACAGAGUAUGCAUGGCUCCCUGUUCAGAUCAGAGGUGCUGUUCCUAACCAAACACCUAAAGCUGCCCCAAUGGCAAAGUUCAUCCUGGAAGUAGAUCAAUUUAUUUUAACCCCUAUUACAACCACGACCAUUGAUGCUGAAGACAAUGAAACUCCAAAGUCCUUGCUUAUAUUCAACAUUACCAAGCCACCUCCACAAGGCUUUAUCGCUCACCUCUCUGACCACACAAAACCUGUUGGCUCCUUCACGUGGAAGGAUCUCCAUGACAUGCUCAUUGCUUAUCAGCCUCCGAAUAACAGCCACACAGAGAGGAGGAAUUAUGAGGUGGAGUUUGAGGUGCAUGACUUCUACUUUGAAAGGAGUUUACCAAUCACUGUGCAUCUUUCUAUCAGAACAACAGAUACAAAUGCCCCUCGGGUUUCAUGGAAUACAGGCCUCGACCUCCUAGAGGGGCAAUCCCGACCCAUCACAUGGCAACACUUCCAAAUUGUAGACAAUGAUGACAUCCAAAAUGUUCGCUUGGUCACAGUUGAUGGCUUACAGCAUGGGCAGCUGUUAGUGAGAGGAGGGAAAGGAUUCAUGUUCACCGUCUCUGACAUUCAGGCUGGAGUUGUUCACUACCAUCAUGAUGACAGCGAUUCUACUAAGGACUUUGUGGUAUUUAGAAUUUUCGAUGGUCCCCACAGUAUUCGUCAUAAAUUUCCAAUAAAUAUCCUCCCUAAAGAUGAUAGCCCUCCAUUUCUGAUCAGCAAUGUGGUCAUUGAAGUUCAUGAGGGACAAACCAUCCUGAUUCAGGGCUUCAUGCUUCAUGCUUCAGACAUGGAUUCCAGUGAUGACUACAUAUUAUUCAAUAUUACCAAGCCAUCACAGGCUGGAGAAAUCAUGAAGAAACCAGGACCAAACUUGAUAGGGUAUCCUGUCAACAGUUUUCUUCAGAGAGAUCUAUUUAAUGGAAUAAUUUAUUACCAUCAUUUGGGAGGAGAAGUAUUUGAAGACUCCCUUGAGUUUGUGCUAUGUGAUAGCCAUGAUCCGCCAAAUCUCUCAGAGCCACAGGUGAUGAUGGUUCACAUUAUCCCUGUGGAUGACCAGCUACCCAGAGAAGCUCCAGGAGUGACCCGUCACCUGGUUGUUAAGGAGACUGAGAUUUCUCACCUAACUAAGAAACAUCUUCACUUCACAGAUGUGGAAGAGCAAGACAGGGAGCUCACAUACACCAUAACUACUUCGCCAUUUUUCUCUUGCACCCAUGGCUACUCAGAUGCUGGGAAGCUGUUUAUGGUGGAUACCAUCCCCAAACUGGUCAAGGAUCCUGCGGCUCUUGCACUGUGGUCAUUUACUCAGCAUGCUGUGAACUUCAUGAAAGUUGCUUAUAUGCCACCCCUGCAGGAUAUUGGACCUGAACCUCAGCAAGUCCAGUUUAUUUUUUCUGUCAGCAAUCACCAUGGAGGCACUUUGUAUGGGAUCUGCUUCAAUAUUACAAUUCUUCCUGUGGACAAUCAAGCCCCAGCGGUUUUUACAACCCAUUUGAGAGUGGAAGAGGGUGGCAUGACCCCUAUUACAGAGGGACACAUUCUCAUCUCUGAUGCAGACACAAAACGAGAGCAUCUCUUCCUGCUCCUGCAGAGGCAGCCUCAGCAUGGGGUAGUGGAGAUGGAUGGCAUCCCCAUGAAUGGAGGCGACAGGCUUUCCUGUGAGGACCUGCGUACCUUGGCAGUCAGAUAUCAUCAUGACGGCUCUGAGACUCUCACUGAUGAUGUUUUCUUUGCAGCCACAGAUGGCAUCCAUUUUGUAGAGUUCAUCCUGAAGGUCAAGGUGUUGCCUGUGAAUGAUGAGCUACCUGUUAUGCAAACUGGCCUUGUUCCUGUGCUCCACUGCCUGGAGGGUGCAGAAGUAGUCCUCUCCUCAGACUACAUUUAUGCCACAGACACAGACAGCGAUGACAUGGAAUUGAUGUUCAUGCUGGCCCACCAGCCCUACCACGGGGUGGUGAGGAAAGCUGGCAUUGCCGUGGAUCGUUUCUCACAAGCUGAUGUCAUUGCUGGUUUAGUCACAUACAAGCACACUAGUGGUGAGAUUGGCCUGACUCCUUCCAUUGAGAUCUUAACCUUGAUUGUCUCUGAUGGUGAGGCUGGCCUAGAUGUGAAAGACUGUUGUGAUGAUGGACCUCCUUCUCCUCCAGUAUCGCAUGAUGAUCCAUUUCCUGUCUAUGACCUUAACAUCACCCUGCUUCCAGUGGACAACCAGCCUCCAUCAAUUGCAACCGGUACAAGUUUUGCUGUGGAGGAGGGCUCCUCAGCAGCCCUUACUACCAAUCAUUUGUUUGCCACUGACCCUGAUACUACUGCGGAUGACUUAGAGUUUGUGCUGGUUUCUCCUCCCCAGUUUGGUUACAUUGAAAAUAUACUGCCUUCUCCUGGGUUUGAGAAGAGCAACAUUGGAAUAAGCAUAGGUUCAUUUCAGCUGAAGCACCUGAAAGCCAUGAAUAUUAACUAUGUUCAAGCCAGGCACUUGAGAAUGGAGCCAACAGAAGACAAGUUUGUACUUUAUGUCACUGAUGGGUUGCAUCGCUCAGCAGAAAUUCCAUUUUUUGUGCUAAUCACCCCAACCAAUGACGAAGUUCCAGAAUUCAUAACCAGGAAUAUUACUGUUCAGGAAGGGGCGAUGAAGGAGCUGGAUCUGUCUGUUAUCAACGUGGUUGAUCUGGACGUGCCUCAAGAUGCUCUGGUAUUUGGGAUUGUGCAGAGGCCCUUGUAUGGGUUCCUUAUUAAUGGUGUUCACAGCAGUGAUGUUCUACACUAUAAAGAGUUAAUUAACCAUGGUCACCACAGCCAGGGGUUGCUUGUUCAUGACUUUUCCAUGGAGCAACUGAGGAAUGGAAUGAAGCUGAUGUACAUGCAUGACAACUCUGAAAACCUCACUGACAGCUUUAAAAUUCAGCUAUCAGAUGGAAAACAUAAAGUCCUCAGAACCAUUUCAGUAAAGGUCAUUCCAAUUAAUGAUGAGAAACCAGUGCUGAGCAAGAAGAAUGAUAUAGAGGUGAACAUAGGUGAAAUUCAAAUAAUUUCUAGUGCUGUUCUGUCAGCAGAAGAUAAAGAUACCCCCAGGGAGAGAAUUUACUACUUAUUUGAAAGACUUCCAGAAAAUGGUCAACUUCAGCUCAAGGUAGGACAAGGCUGGGUGGCCCUCCAAACUGGAAUGAAGUGCACUCAGGAAGACGUGGAUAUGAACCUUGUGAGAUAUGUCCACACAGGAGCUGUGGGGUCCAAGAAAAAAGACAGCUUCACAUUUUACCUCUGGGAUGGGUACAACAGAUCCCCAGCUGUGGAUUUCUAUAUAAAUAUUAAGGACUUGGAAAAGGGAGACAUUGCUGUUUUUACGAAACUUCUUAGAGUACUAAAAAGAGAUCGCAGCUACAUUACAACAGAUGUACUCCUUGCACUGGAUGGUACUGACAAGCCAGAGGAGCUCCUUUAUGUGAUAACCUCCCCACCCCAAUAUGGACAAAUAGAGUACGUCAGCUAUCCUGGCAUCCCCAUUAUGAGCUUCAGUCAAAUGGAUGUAGCACGACAGAUUGUCUGCUACGUUCACAAGGCCAAGAGAGUUGUUCAAGAAGAUACGUUCAGAUUCAUCAUCAGCAAUGGACUGAGGACCAAGCAUGGGACAUUCAAGAUCACCUUGGAGGCAGCUGACCAGGCUUUGCCCAUUCUAUCUAGGAACAUGGGAUUAAGAUUAAUGGAAGGAGCUAUGGCAAUUCUUACUCCUGAAGUACUGCAGAUUUCAGACCCAGAUACUGCGAAAGAAAACCUUACCUUCCUCUUGGCUCAGCUCCCCCAGUAUGGUCAUCUCUAUUACCAUGGGGCUGUGGUACUGCAGUACAAUUUCACACAGCAAGAUGUGGACAACAGGGAUGUUGCAUACAAGCACGGAGGUGGGAAUUCCCAGAUUGACAGAUUUACAUUUAUUGCCACGGACAGGACUAACCAAGGCUUCAUCGUGAAUGGGAGGGUGCAGACCAAACCAGUGGCAUUCACCAUUCAGGUGGACCAUUUGGACAAAAUGGCACCAAAAAUUAUUCAUCUCCAUUGCUUUUCUGAUGUGGAACUGCUGAAGAACGGCAAUUAUGGGAUCUAUAUUACUGCCAGGUCCCUGAGGGCAUCUGACCCCAAUACAGAAGAUGACAAAAUAAUUUUUAAGAUUUUGCGAGGUCCUCAUUAUGGCUACCUGGAAAAUAUAACAACAGGUGGAUUCAUUCAGGAAGAAUUUAGUCAAAAGGAUUUAAACAGCAAAAUCAUACUUUAUGUCAUCAACCAAUCACUAGAAGUGAAUUCAGACAACUUGGAGUUUCGAGUGACAGAUGCCAGUGGAAACUCAGCAGCACCCCAAAGGCUGGAGCUACGGUGGUCUAGAAUUGAAAUGCUACAGACUGAAUAUGAGGUGUGUGAAAACAAGGGAGUGAUGUCUCUGAAAAUCACCAGGGCAGGACACUCAGGGGAUUCUGCCUUUAUAACCGUGAAGGUCAAUGAAAUAUCUGCUAGGCUGGGAGAGGACUUCACAGUGACUCCCUCCAAGCUUGUUCAGUUUGAUCCAGGAGUGUCAACCAAGAUGUGGAAUAUAGCAAUUACCUAUGAUGGAUUAGAGGAAGAUGAUGAAGUCUUUGAAGUAGUUCUGAACUCCCCUGUGAAUGCUGUUCUUGGCAGACGGACAAAAGCUCUAGUGAAAAUUUUGGACUCAAAAGGAGGUCAAUGCAGCUAUUCCCGUUCUUCUGGCCAAAGUAUACAUGACUUCUGGGGGAGAGGCAUGCAGUUUCCAGUUGCCUUAGGCUCCUCAUCACCUACCAGGCCUGGCAAUGUUUCUUUGGAAGGGAUCUCACUGCCUACUUCCAAAGGGAUGAGAGAGCAUGGAGGGGACAGCUUGGCGAAUCGGUCAAGGACCAGGAUGAGAGUAACUGGAAAUGGCAGAAUAGUUCAUCCUUCAUCUGCAUAUAGAAAUGAAACAGAUGUGAUUUUCAAAUAUCAUGGGAUUGUAUCACUCAAAACAGAGGAUGACACCUCCUCAGCUCGAACCAAUAAGAAGGCGCAACCACAGAUUAAUGUCAUCUCCUCUAGGAAAGUGGAAAUCCCACUGGCUGAUAAGGCAGAACUUGCAGCUGAACCAAGAUCUAGACAUAAGGACUUUCACUCUUUUCAAAAAGCUUGCACACCAGAUUUAAAGGGUCUCUUGCAUUAUGAAGAAAGCACACAGAAGUUAUUUCAGUGUGACGGGAUAACAUGGAAGAUCUGGAAUUUCCAAAGCAAGGAGAUAACUAUGAAGAAAUGUCCAUCUGGAUGGACAUAUCAUGAGGGCAGCUGCUACUUCCUGGUGGUGAAUCACAAGGUCACCUGGAACACUGCUGCUCAGGCUUGCAGAGAACAAUACCUGGGGAGUCUAACAAGUGUGGCUAAUGAACAACACAUGCAGUGGCUGUGGGACUUCAGUGGGAGGAUGCCCUUUUGGAUAGGCUUGAAUGACCAAACCAAUCUUGGACACUGGGAGUGGAGUGGAGGAGAACCUGUAACCUACAUAAACUGGAGAAGAGGCUCCUACCGCUUUCCAGUGAGAGGAAGAAAUUGUGUAUUUGUGCAGAAGCGAGGAAAAUGGCAAGCAACUGACUGCAAGAAGGUCAAAGCAAACAGCUAUAUAUGUUCAAGAAAGUUAUAAGAAGCUAUAUAUGUUCAAGAAAGGGUGGAGGAUGCCUCUGAAAGCAUAUGGACAUUCAUGCUAUUUCAGUAUGCUAGCUGUGUUAGAAAACUGUUCUAAUUAUCAGCAAGGUUUAUUUUAGAUGCUGCCAGAGGUGCAGAUGCACUGGCCUCUAACCAAGGUAUAGAGAUCAGCCGCAAAAAUUAAGCCCAGGUUAAGGUUUUGAAAUCUCCCCAAAGACUUUGAUCUGUCACUUACUCAUGUAUGUUUGUACCAAAGAGCUGGGCCUCAAGGCUUUCAUCACACUUCUGUGAAUGAUAACUUCUAAAUGUUCUUUUUCAAAGUAAGUACCAUGUCAGUUGAUUGGCUUUGCUCUUAAAGGAAGGGUUGUAAAUUUCAAUUUUACUCUGCAGUCACAAAAAAAGGAAUAGUGCUGGGGUUGGAAAUGAGGGUAGGCAAUUGUCUAAAACCAGAUCUUCUUGGGUGAUGAUGGGAGUGAUGUCAUGUAAGUACUGGAGUUUCUUUGGUGGAUGCAAAAGUACCAAUGGCUGGACAUUGCCUGGUGACGGAGUACCAACAGGAGCAAAGUCUUGUAUUUUUUUCUACCUCCCAAGGCCAGCUUCCAAACCUAACGGAUCUGCUCACACAGAGUUGCACCUGUUUCACCUUCCUAAGCAAUUUUUUUUUCCCCAGAACUGCAGGAUGGUGCUGUAAUUUUUAGUGUAAUUAAAUAACAGGACAUCUCUAAAUCAAAUGUUAUAGCAAAUGAUGAUUUAUUUUAAAAAAUAUGUAAACUUAAUCCUAGGAUAUUAUCUGGGGAUAUUCACUGAUACGUGAACAUGAAUAGGAUUUAUAUGUGUGUAUAAACUGAUGUAAUCGUGUUACAGAUGUAUUUUGUAGUAAAGCAGCUAUGGCUUUUGAAAAGUAUUAAUCUAAGUCCUUAUUAGGGAUUUGAGGCUUUUAAAAAUAAUAUUUUAAAAUCCAGAUUUAUUUCUGAGAAAGGCUUAAAAUCCAGAAAUUAAUAGGGAAAAAACAGCUGGCCAGAACUUAUUGUUUAGAUAAAUAUAGUUGCACUAUAACCAUUUUGUAAUAUCAGUGUAGAUUUAUAUUUGACCUGUCAAAAAUUUGGUUUUGGACAUUUUUACUGUCAGCCUUGCAAAAAAACCCCUUCAACUAACAAAAAAACUCCAAACACCAACCAACCAACCAACCAACCAAACAACAAAAAAACCCAAACCAACCCAAACAACAACAACAAAAAAACCCCCAAACAAACAAACAAAACACCACCAAAACCAAGCAUGACAUGAGGAUCCAAGCACAGGCUUCCUGAAAAAAACCACUAAAAAACAACCCCUCAAAAAACCCCAACAAAACAAAACAUAAUUAAAGCUCCUCUCAACAAGAGCCAGUGUGUGACAGUUGGUUUGGAAGUGAGCAGCAUGAAUUUGCCCUGUACGUAUGAACUCGCAUCCUUCCCAUCUCCCUGCUUGCUGCCAGCAGUUAUCUCCCCCUUGCUCAUCUAUUCAGCCAGCCUCUGGAUCAAUUUUGCAACAGAGCUGCAAAACCUCCUUUUUGGGUUCCUCAUAGCAAUUUCUCAGUCUUCCAAGGGACAGACAGAGCAGAAUCACCUCACCUCUCUGAGCUGAAGGACACUGCUUCAGGGGUUAUAUAUUCCUCCUCUUUGCCUCUGUCAUGCAUGGGUUACUUAUUCUUCCUCCUUGCCUGUGACAAAUUAAAUCAAAAUGUGAACAGCUGAACAGUCUUUGUAUAUAGAAAAGGACCUUCCUGAAAGGAGUGUUGUCAAUAAAUGUGAGUGCAUCGCAGAACUGGGAAAAAAAAUGUACAGAACCUCUUCACCUUUUUUCUUUCUAUCAACAGAUGCAGAUUUUUUAUUUUUUUAAUGUAUUUAUGACAAGUUUCUAGACACUUUUGCUAGACAGAAACUCUUUUGGUUAAGGAGUUUUCUAGGUCAACAUAGAUGUGUUACUUGUCUCCAAACCAAGUACUCCUGAAUAUCUGGUUUUAUUUCUGAAAGUUUUCAUUACAGAAGAAAAUAAUCACUCUCAAUAUCCCUUAGUAGUGUGUUCUGGAAUUCCAGGGAAAACUGACUGAGAUAUAAACUUUUAUUCCUUUAGGGCCUUUUAAAAAUAAGGGCUGUAGAAUUGACUGGUGCUAAUUUGAUAAAGCCUAUUGAGAUUAUUCAAAUACCUCUCCCAAUUAUUUAAUAAAUUAUAUCAACAGAGUGGGGAUUUUGCAAAGGUGCUUGUUGCUUGAUCAGUAACUGUUAAAUGACUCAUGCCAUCUGACACAAGAGUGACCUCAGGUUUGCUUUUGUGAGAGUAGGGAAAAUUUUCUCUUUUCUCUACUUCAUUUGAACUACUUUAAAGUGAUUGCAGAGUAUGAAGAUUUUGCUACAAAACAGAUUCUUAGUUGUGCAAACUGCAUGAGUUUACUGGAUUAAUUAUAUCUAACACAAUACACUAAUGAAACCAAAAUUCUUAUAUUGCAGAGCAAGUAUAUUUCUGCCCUGAAAGGCUGCUGAAUUAUUUUCCAAUACAAUUAACUGUUCCGUAUAUUUAAUUAAUAAAUUUUAUGUUUCAUGUCCUUAAAUAAGGACAGAUCUUUACAUCUUUUAUUUUUAUUAUUAAUAUACGGGUGUUCAAAGAACAAAACAUACUCAAAUCAGCGAAAACACUUUUUUUUUUUUUUUUCCCUGUUGACACAGCAAGUUAUUGCUUCUAAGAAGUUUAGUAAUGGAUGGACCUACAGUCCUGAGAAGCUUUGGGGAUUUUUCAUCUUCAGCAUUUCUGAAUUAGACUGAGUAAACUCUGGGAAAAAUCAGUAUUUAGAAGAUCAGCACCAUCAGGAGUAUUUCAAAAGGCUGAAAGUAAGAAAAAGAAGCAUGUAAAUUCCAGUGUUCUCAUAUGAAUACCACAUUUUCUGGAAAAAUAAAGGAUUUAUUUCACUAGAACUAUCCAUAUAUCCAUACCAAAGAGGGACAGAACCAAGAUGCUCAGUGAAGAGAACCUAGAAGUUACCCCAGAUUUCUAUACAGGGAUGGGCUGAGUGAGCACUGUGUGUGCUUGCAACUUUUAACCACUUUUAAUCCCUGUCAAAUAUCUUUUAAAUAUGUCACUAUUUCAAACAAACUUGACAUGGAGGUAGUUAACUCAGUUAACUGAGUUAACUCAGUUUUCCAUAACUGAUGGUUAUGGAAAAAAUGGAUAGGCAACAGAUGACAGAAACACUUAUUCUGAACCAAAAUAUUCUAAAACACUUGAGUUUUUACUAACUUUAUAUAUAUAUCAAGAAUUUAGUUUGAAAAAUACCAGAUUUUUUUUCCAGAUCUUCU